AUGGUGAACAGGAGAAAUGAUGCAGUUGUGCACAAGGGAAAUGAUGAAACAUUUAGUGAACAAGUGAACUGGGAAAUUAUUAAAGCGAGGAAGAUGUCUCGUUGUUCUUUUGAACACAGUAAACAGGUGAAGCGGGAAGUUGAUGAACUGGUGAACAGGUGGAGGUGCUCUUUUGAACAUGUAUAUAAGGGAGCUUUUGGUAUAACGGAUCCCUCUUUUAAUCACGAGUCUUAUGCCGAGUUCGAUUCGCCUGAUGGGAACAUCGGUUGUGCCUGGAAUCGGGGCCUGGAAUCGGGGCUUGGAAUCGGGGCUGGAAUCGGGGCCUGGAAUCGGGACCUGGAAUCGGGGCCUGGAAUCGGGGCCUGGAAUCGGGGCCUGGAAUCGGAGCCUGGAAUCGGAGCCUGGAAUCGGGGCCUGGAAUCGGGGCCUGGAAUCGGAGCCUGGAAUCGGGGUCUGGAAUCGGGGUCUGGAAUCGGGGCCUGGAAUCGGGGUCUGGAAUCGGAGCCUGGAAUCGGGGCCUGGAAUCGGGGCCUGGAAUCGGGGUCUGGAACCGGGGUCUGGAAUCGAGGCCUGGAAUCGGGGCCUGGAAUCGGGGUCUGGAAUCAGGGCCUGGAAUCGGGGCCUGGAAUCGGGGCCUGGAAUCGGGGCCUAAAAUCGGGGCCUGGAAUCGGGGUCUGGAAUCGGGGUCUGGAAUCGGGGCCUGGAAUCGGGGUCUGGAAUCGGGGCCUGGAAUCGGUGCCUGGAAUCGAUGCCUGGAAUCGGUGCCUGGAAUCGGGGCCUGGAACGGGUCUGGAAUCGGGGUCUGGAAUCGGGGUCUGGAAUGGGGCUCUGGAAUCGGGCUCUGGAAUCGGACUCUGGAAUCGGGGUCUGGAAUCGGGCUCUGGAAUCGGGGUCUGGAAUCGGGGUCUGGAAUCGGGGUCUGGAAUCGGGCUCUGGAAUCGGACUCUGGAAUCGGGCUCUGGAAUCGGGGUCUGGAAUCGGGGUCUGGAAUCGGGGUCUGGAAUCGGUGCCAAGAAUCGGGGCCUGGAAUCGAGGCCUGGAAUCGGGGUCUGGGUGGAGGGAUUCUCACUGUAUCAGCUGAGGGUUACAACCAGCGAUCUCGAGUAUAAUGUAUUUUCUCAAGCCUUGGGUGUUCAUCGCAUUCUGUAUUGUAAUUACUGUUCCUAA